AUGGUUUAUUUUGCCCCCGGAUCAUUUCUCUUUAUCAUCACCAUUUCCCGAUUUCUGCUCCCCCCGAUAGCGGUUUCACUAUCAUCAUCCUUUUCUUCUAUCAUUUCACUGUUUUAUUUUUUUCAUCUAUCAUCUAUCCAUCUAUCUAUCCAUCAUCCUUUAUCUAGUUCAUUGUUCAAAUUUCUUUUAUCAAUCUUUUUUCUUCCUUUUCCUUUUUUUCCCCGUUUCUAUCCCUUUUAUCUAUUUUCUAUCAUUUUUUAUCUGUUUGUAUCUUUUAUCCUCUUCUUUUCAGGUUUUUUCAUUUCUAUCUAUUAUUAUCAUCUUCUCUUUUAUCUAUGUGUUUUUUUUUUUUUCCUGUUAGUUUCUUCCUUUUAUCUAUUUUCUAUCCUCUAUUACAUCCUAAAAAAUACCGGACAUUUUUUUGCUUUUACUUCUUUUUUUAAUCUAUCUAUCUAUCUAUCCUUAUCUAUCUAUCUAUCGAAAGAGAGAAAAAAACGAAGAGAGAGGGGGUGGAAAACUUCCUUUUUUUUUCUUUGUUCUUUUUCUUUCUUUCUUUCUUUCUUUCUUUCUUUUUUUCUUUCUUUCCAUCCCGUUCUUUUUUUUCUUUUUUUUCUCUCUUUCUUUUCCUCUUCUUUCUUUCUUUCUUCUUUCUUUCUUUCAAUAUUUAUCAUACCCUUUUCCCUUUUCCUUUUUUACCCGUUGACAUUUUCUUUCUUUCUUUCUUUCUUUCUUUCUCUUUCCUUAUUUUUAUAUAACACCCUUUCUUUUUUAUCCUGUUGA